UUUAAAAUACAUAAAUACAGUUUUUGUAGUCGUCGCACAUGUGGUUUUUAAUAAAAAAUUUAAAUAUAUAGGCUUUAUUAUAGUACAUCUACAUGCAAGCAUUUUGUAUUUACUAUAAAAUAUGGAUCAAACUGAGGAAGUAGUGACCCUAGAUUUACUAGCAUCGCCAGAUAAAGUAAGGGCUGAUGCUCACGACUAUCUCUUAAUAACAAAAGCGAUUGAUGAAUUUGAUAGAUGUAAUUAUGAUGCCUGCAUAGAUUUUUUGGAACAACUCGAGUCGUUAAAGGAUCAAGACAUUAAAUUGCACCACAAUAAGGCGGUAGCGAAAUUCUACAAAGAUAAUUGUAAGGAAUAUAUGACCUUGUUAGAACAACUCCAGAAAUUGGACACAAAAGAGUUUCUUUCUGAAAAAGACAUAAAUGUAUCUUCGUUACCAUUUACAAUUUAUAAUAAAGCAGUAAUUUAUUACCAUCGCCACAUGCAUAAUGCUGCUCUUGAUAUACUUGAGCCCCUAUUCUAUAAAAUGGACUCAUACGAUGAAAACGUACUUACAAUGCUUGGAAUUUUGGAGAUGAGACUUCUUUUGGCGUCCAACCAACCGGAAAAAGCUUUAUUUUUUCUUGAAGUAUUUCUAAAAAAAUUGGGGAUAAAUAUAUUGCAUCUAAUAACAGAUGAUUUGAACAGCCAUGAGUCCAUACCCAGAUUAGAUGAGAACGUAAGCAAAAGUUUAAAGCUGAUGGCAUUAAUAACUCAAGUUGUAAACAAAAAGCUCGUAGUGGUGCCAGAGGAUGUUUCACCUGCGUUUUCAGCAUUAAAGGCUCAUCAAUAUUACAUAAUGAAAGAUUUUCAAAUGGCGGCGAAACAAUUAAAUAAGAUUAACGUGUCCAGAUAUAUGAAUGGUUUAUAUAAUCAAGAAUUAAAUACUCUGAUCGCCAACAAUAUGGGUGUUAUCCACUUACGUGUCCGGCAUUAUGCGAUUGCGGCCAACUUUUUUCAAAAAGCAAUAUCUUUUGAUAAACAUAUAGCAGUUAAUCUUCGCAAUAUCCCAUUACAUCACAUGAGUUCAGCGAAAUCUUGUGAGAUUCUCUACAAUUUGGGAAUAGCUAUGCUGCAUUUAAGACGACCAACAGAAGCAUUUCAGUGUUUUCUUGUGCCUUUAAAAACCUAUCAUAGUAAUCCGAGACUAUGGAUUAGAAUUGCGGAAGCCUGUAUAAUGGAACAUGAAAUUAAGAGAUCAUUUGACGAAAAACGUUUGGCGAGCAAUGGUGCCAGAACUUUCUUUUCAAAUAGAAUAUCAUAUAUGGAAAAUAGCCAAUCAUCAGCUGUACUUGAGCCUACCAUGGGAUUCGCUGCAUUAAGUUUGCGUAAUGCUCUGACUCUUACUCAAUUCUAUCUUAAACAAUUUAACACAUCACAGACAAAUGAAGAUUUUAUGAAUAACACACCGCAAAGUCAAAACUGGCGUACACCUAAAGACAACAAUUUUUGUCCUCCAUCUCGACCGAUAUCAAAACAAACCUUUUGUAUUUUACUCUCAUCUAUAUAUGCGGCUUAUAGUUACGUUUCAUUAAGAUUGGGUGACUACGUUACAGGCUUAGAAAUGGCUGAAGAAUUAUUAAAAACGGAAUCCCUUUCAGAUGCCCAUAAAAUGUUGGCACAUAUGUACGCCGGCGAAGCUCUGAUUAUGAUGGAUAAAUUGCCUGAUGCCAGAUCUCAUUUGGAACCUACAUACGUUUCUAAUCUAAAUAUUUUUGAUUUUGAAACAAAAGAUUGGCAAGUUAAAUCUGUAGAUGCUGCGCAAAAUAUCGUACGUUACAAUUUGGCAGUGGCUAUGUUUUUACAAGGGGAUGUCGAAAUGUCCCGAAGUCUUUUGAAUACGUGCACACAUCCUAUAGUAUCACAAAAAGUAUCUCUUUUUAAAAAAAUGCAAGCAACAAUGGCAACAGCUUCAGCUACUUCAAAUAUUUACUUUGCGCCUAGAAUCUGAAUAAAUUUCAAUACAAUGGCGGUUUUAACAUUGUAAACAUUUUUAUUAUAAAUGAAGAUAAAAUACUAAUAUUUAAUACAUCAAAAAUCAAUAAAGCUAGGUUGUUGAAAAUAAAAUAAAAAAAUAAAAGCAUCAAAAUGUA